AUGGAUAUUGAAAAGACGCAACAGUUUCUGAUUCAAACUGAAACUGCUGCACAAGAGAUUCUUAUCACCAAAGAUGAACUAGUAGCAUUAGAUUUCAGGCGCCAGAAAACGCGCGAAGCAUUUAGAGCUUUGAAGAAUGACAUGAUACCUGGUGAAAAGGCAUGGAUGUCAGUUGGAAAUAUGUUCGUGAAAACAAGAACAUUAAAAGCGCAAAACUUAUUAGAACGAGAGAUGAAAGAACUUGAUAAAGAUAUAUCUGACCUUCACAACAAGCUCAAAGAACAAGUCAAAAUGCUUAGAGAUCUUGAAGGAAAACCAGAAUUGAAAGGAUUUGACCUACAACCAAUCACAAAAGAGGCUGACAUUAUAAUGAAAGCACUUUCUAAGUGAUCUGUAAUGUACCCAAUAAGUUAUUUUCUUUGAUUGAUGAUUUCUGUUAUAUCCUCUGGAUUCUCCUCUUCAUCCUGGAAAUCUUGUUUCAGAUAAAGUGUGGGAGAGAGAUUCAAUGUGAAGCAAAGUUUUGAUACAGUGUCACGAUCCAAAUAA